AUGGAAGGAAUUAAGAUCGAAAAUGUUAAGCAGACCCCCGAUGCUCCAUUGCCGAUGUUACCAUCCAGCGGAAGUGGCGAAGCUGACCAUGAGAUGGCUCCUGCUGAUCAGAUUGAUCAAUCCAAGACUGGAAAAGAAGUUCCUGAUCAGGUUCCUCAGGGUCAAGGACGAGGGCUUGGUAAUAACAUGGACCCCAAGAAGCUCAAAAGAAUUACUGCAGGCCGUGAAUAUUCACUAAGGUAUCGACUCAAACAGCAGCAACACACUGCACAGCUGGAAACAGACGUAAGAAGUCUCCAGGCUGAAUUGGCAGUCAACUCUUCAAGGAUCAAGUAUGCUGAUACUCGUAACUCAUUGUUGCGAGCGGAGAAUAGUUGCAUGCAACAAAAACUGACUGCCUUGACUCGACAACUUGCGUUCAAAAAUGGUUUAAUCUCCCCUUUCUCUCAAUCUGUUUCUCUCUUUCCGAUGUGUAUGACAAAAUGA